UCCAUCCAUAAAAAAAACACCACUCACUAUUCAAACUUCAAAAUCGUUUAAUUUUAUAUGUCCACAAACCUUCCAAAUUUGAAACUAGGGUUUACAGUCAUGGCCCAUGCUUUAUCACUAUCAUCACCAACACUGUCACAAAUCACAUUGGAGAGACAAAGGAGACCACCAAUUUUAGGGUUUCACAGGACCAAGAUUGAAUGCUCACAAGAUGGCCCAAUUGAUCCUUCAAUCUCUAGAAGGGACAUCACAUUGGCCUUGAGUAGUGCAAUUUUGGGCACAUUUGUGGGUGAGUCAAAAGCACUUGCAGCUAAAAGGAGGCCUCCCACACCUGAAGAGGAGACCACAAAGAAUGAUCCCAAUGUGAGUGGUGUGAUGGCCAAAGUUCUUGCUAGCAAAAAGAGGAAAGAAGCAAUGAAAGAAUCCAUGGCCAAGUUGAGAGAGAAAGGAAAGUCAAUUGAAACACCACCACCCCAAUAAGCUUGGGCAUGUGUCUUUCUCUCUUUCUUUUUCAUUUUACUUCAAAAUAAAUAAAUAUUAUGUUUGGAGUUGAUGUGAACAGCUUUGCAUGUAAACAAAUGAAUCUCGAUUUAAUUGUAUGUUCUUUUGUAAAGUUAUUGACAUAACAUUUUGGUA